UACACACGACAAGUGCCGCCACCGGUUGGCGGUUGCAUAAUUCCGCGGUCGUCGCGUGGCCGCACAAGACCGAAACUCCGUCACUGCACGCGCGACAGGUGUGCGCGGCCGCCGCAGUCAUUCGCCCGACGUGUCCAGACGCGCGCGCGUGGUGUCUACGCGGUCUCCACUGUCCGGUCCGACCAUAACCACGACGAUACGAUUGUUAUAAAGAGUUACCGCCGUAUCGCACGCAGCCGCCGCCGUCCGACACACACCACGUCCUUCCGUGGUCAUGUGAGAAAUCCGUUUCCCUCGUCGUCCUCACGAGCUCGCUCACACUCCCGAACCCACGUGUCGUGCAUCGCGUUCCCGAUAGUAAGUACCACGCACCGGCACCGAACACCGAACACCGGAUACCACCGGGUCGACAGCGGGCCGCGAUCGAAACGCGCGACAUGAUCAGCUCGUUUCAGAACUUCUCCGGGACCGUGCCGCCACCGCUGUACAGCCACCCGACGGUGUACGACCCGGUGCGCGGCCAACAUCAGCUGCACCCGGCGUACAGUGCGGUGGCGGCGGCGGCGGCGGCGGCGGCGGCAGCCCAGCGGAGCGUUUUUACCGCGUCCGGCCAGCGCCCGGUGCCCUACCACCAACAGGAAGCGGAUUACGGUCCGUCGCCCUACACGCCGCCGUCCAGGCGCUACGAAUCAGACAGGUCGCCCGUAGCCGUCGCUACGCCGGACCCGCCGAACCGGAAGAACGCGCCGCAACAGCCGCUCACCCCCAUCCAGUACACCAGGGUCCAGGGUGGAGUGUCCGGCGGUAAAACUUCAAUACACGCGGUGUUGGAUUACGAUGAUGAUAUAGAAGAGGAAAAUAUAGAUUAUUAUGAAGACACAUAUAGUCACCGCGCAGUAACGCCAAUUCAGGGUCCUAUAUUUUUAAGAAAUGGUUCGGUACCGGUUGUACCAUUGUACGGUUACCAAAAAGUGAGCAACGGAUCUUUGCUACAGAUUCCGGUAUUUUGGACAACUCUCUCAUUUGCGUUAGGAUAUGAAAUCGGCGGUGAUGUAAUUCGUGGAACACCGUGUAUAAAAAAAAAUCACCAAUUGUUUUGUCCAACAGCAGGAAAAAGUUACCCAGUAGACCGAAUCGAUAGAUUUAUUGAUGAAAAUAAAGCGUUAAUGAAACGUAUGUACGGUGAAUUUGAAAUGAUGGAGAACGGACCGUUUCCUAAAGCAAAAAGAUCUACAGCUCGAAAAAGAAGACAGGAUUCUAGUUUUUCAGAUAACCAAUCGAAGCCGAAUAAGCUUCCCACAAGAGGACAGCCUCCAGAUUCUGGAAGGAUUGACUCUUGUGAGUCUAAAGUAGAAGUGGUCACGCCAUAUUGGGCUUCAAAUAGCGUGGGUAAAACUAGAGCGAUCGUCAAUACCGAGCAUUUCGAACAAGCUAUUCAUCAAGAAGUUUGCACCAAGAUGCUAACCGGACGCUGUUCGGGAGAUUGCGGAUGCGAGCAGAAGUAUAAAUGGCACAGGUUGUUGGCAUACGAUCCCGAUAACGACUGCAAAGGGAUUUUCAUGGAUUGGUUUUUAUUCCCUUCAUGCUGCGUGUGCCGGUGCGAUUCCACAGCUCCGAAUAAUGUUUGAACGAAAAACGUUAUUAUAUAAUAUUAUUACUAUUAUUAUUAUCAUUAUUGUAAUUUUGUUCGCGCGCGUACAUUUACAAAUCAUGUACUUAGUAGCUACUAUUUUAUCAUAUACACUAUAUACCUGUAAACAUAUUAUGAUAUUUAUUAAAAUGCAAUUACUGUACAGGAUGUACUCAUAAACGUUUCACAUUAUAUAAAUAUCCAAUGCCUAUGUUAAAGCCAUAUAGUAUAUAUAUAUUAUCUAUAAAAUUAUAUUAAAGUCAUUUCACAUAUAUCUGUACAUAUAUUAUGUGUAGUCUAUGGAAUUAUGUAUAAACCUAGUUCAAGUAAUAUAGUUUUUCUAAAUGAUUAAA